UUAAUUCUGUUCGAAGCUCUGUGCGGGCGUGAAUUCUAUUCUCUCAGUGAUCAUUUGUUUUUGUUUUUUGGCAACGCGUUUUAUGUAAUUUUUGUUUUUGUUUUCGUAUUUGCGUAUUCCAUUUGGAUUUACAUCUUCAUUUGGCUGCACUACAAAGUGGACAGGAGACAUAAGAGAUCCCGUCAGAAGCCCAGUCAGAAUGAGUGUUGUGCCAAGUUCUAGUAUACCACAGGGUAUACCGAACGAGAUCAACCUUGGAGCGGAGAUAUUCCACAGCAUUGCAACGACAGCUGGAGAUCAAAAUGUUAUCAUUUCGCCGCUGUUGCUGGAGGCGACAUUGGCGCUGCUCUACCUCGGAUCGGAUGGCGCCACUGCCGAGGAGCUGCAGGAGUUGCUAAAGCUGAAGGAUCGAUUUGCCAGCAAUGCCAAGAUGGCCAACUUCUAUGCCGCCGAAUUGAAUGCAGUGAGAAGUGAUCCGGAUACGCGGAUUCAACUGGAAAAUCGCCUGCUAUUACAAUGCACGGCUGGGGAAGGUAUUGCAGAUGACUUUCAGAAGAUUGCUCAAACGUAUUUCCAUGCGACGGCAGAGUGCGUUGAUUUGCAGCAGGCGGAGAAGCUGCGACGUCACAUAAGCGACAACAUCCUGGCCAGCCUUGGAGGCGGAAACUGGCAGCAGCAGCUUCAGGUGAAUGGCAGCCAAGUGGCACAACUGUUGCUCCUGGUUGCGGCACGGCUGGAAAGCAAAUGGUUCUUACCCUUCAGCUCAUAUCGAACUGGCCUCUAUGAGUUCCACAACAAUGCCACCGGCAACAGUUCCCCCCAAUCUGUGCCCAUGCUCUUCGAUGACGACAUGUUUGUCAAGUACGCCGAGUUGCGGGAAUUAAACGCCCGUGCCAUUGAGUUGCCCUACGAACAUGCCGAGGAAUUGGCCAUGCUUCUCAUCCUGCCCAAUCAAAGAGAUGCCUCGUCAUUAUCACAAUUGGAGUCUCAAUUGCGUACUCUCGAUCUGGGUGCACUGCAGCAGCGAAUGCAGAUGGAAAGUGUCCAAGUGUUGCUGCCCAAGUUCAGCAUCGAUUUUGAGUGCAGUCUGCGACAGGCAUUGAAACAGCUGGGCUUCUCCGAGAUCUUUGGCGCCUCGGCUAACUUUAAGCAUUUGCAUUCAGCCUCCACCAACCUGCCCAUUGUUGAUGUACUACAAAAGCUGCGCAUUGACUUGAAUGAAUCGGGUCCCGGCUCAGAGUUGCCUCAGCCGGCCGCAGGGUACAAACCGAUUGUGAUUAGUAAUUCUUCGCGACAAAAAUUCUUCCGUGCGGAUCAUCCAUUUUUCUUUGCCAUUCGCGGGCUGAAUGUGACACACUUUAUGGGGCAUGUGGUUAGUUUUUAGGGGACAUAAAUGAACCCUAUUUUAUAAUAAUCAUAUUUUUAACACUAAUUGAUAUUUUCCAAACUGCUCGUUGAAUAAAUGGAUUAAAUGUUGUAGAUUUUUUAUAACAAGA